AUGAACACGCCUACCCUUGUGCCAGCUGCUUCUAUAUAUGACGUGACGUGUGCUGUGAUGCUGAGCUGGAACCCAUUCCCUUCUUCUUCUUCAUUCUUUUCUGUUCACUAUUUAUAUAUUUGA